UCGGGAAGGGGAAAAGAGGUGGGCGAAACGGCCAACACAUCACCCGACUCGCUCGCCCGCCGCACCGAUUCCUUCCAACUCCCUCCUCCCCCAAAUCCAAACCAAAGCUCUGCCUGCGUCUCCGCCGCGCCGCGCUCUGAUUGACCCCCCGAAACCCUCGCUCCCCGUCGCCGUCGCCAUGGACGACGACCACGACCAGGACCCCGACCCGCCGUCGCCGCCCGCCGCCGCCGGGGGGCGGUGCCCGUGCUGCUCCUCCUCGUCGCCGGCCGUGCCGUGGCGGCGGUCCGUCAAGCGGAAGCUGGGCGCGGAGAAGGGGGAGGGCGGGGGCGGCGAGGGGGAGGGGGAAGAGGCGGAGCCCACGGCGGCGCGGGUGGGCGCGGAGGAGGAGUGCGCGGCGCUGCGGGAGGCGGUGGCGGCGGCGCAGUCCACGGCGUCGGAGCUGCGGGCCGAGGUCGAGGAGGAGCGCCUCGCCUCUGCCAGCGCCGCCAGCGAGGCCAUGGCCAUGAUGCUGCGGCUCCAGCGCGAGAAGGCCGAGGUCCAGAUGGAGCUCCGCCAGUUCCGCCGCUUUGCCGACGAGAAGAUGGCGCUCGACGCCGCCGAGAUCGACCAGCUCCGCGCGCUCCUGGCGCAGCGCGCGCGCCGCCUGAUGAGGCUGCGCGCCAGGCUCCGCGAGUACCGCCUCCAGUUCCUCCACCUCGGCAUCCCGCUCCCCGAGGGCGAGGACCUCGUCGCGCAGAACGCCCAGGAGGAGGAAGAGGACCUCCUACUGCUCGAGGGCGAGGACGGCUACGCCGACGGCGACGGGGGCUACUACCCUGAGCUCCGCUGCCACGACGGGGAGUACUACUACGAGGACGGGCAGGAGGAAGAGGAUGCGGUUGCCCUCGAUCUGGAGCGCCGGAUCUGCCGCCUCGAGCACGAUCAGGAAACUCACCUGCUUGAGCCGGUCCUGGAGGAAGAGGAAGGAACCAACCUUUACACAGAUGAGGGGUUGCCGGAGUUGCCUGGGCUGGAGCGGGGCGGCUUUUAUGCUGACGAGAUGUUACCUGAGGAAGCUGUGGAAGAAAGGAGCCAACUCUACAAUGACGAUGAGGAGUUGCCAGAGUCACCAAGUGCUGGAUUUGGUGGUGGGGAGGAAGCGAGUGAGACUGAUGGUGUUGGCAGUGCAAGUGGCAGCGAUAGGGUAUACACAAUCGACAAGGUGCAUCAAGGUGCGUCUGCGCCAAUAGCCAGGGUUCCGGAUAAGUACCAGGAUGAGGUGGUGGAGCCAGACAUUAAGAAGCUUUAUAUGAGGCUGGAAGCGCUGGAGGCUGACCGUGAGUCAAUGAGGCAGGCCCUUGUGGCGAUGCGCACUGAGAAGACGCAGCUUGUGCUUCUCUGUGAAAUUGCACAGCAGCUUGCCAAGGAUGGAGCUCCAGCUGGAUCAGGGGCUGGCGUGGGGCCAGGUGUACACCAUACGCCGGGAAAAUGCAAGGUGGGGAUUGUAGAAAGAAGGUUCAUGGAGGAUAAGAAGGCAGCACUUGUCAAGACAUUCUCCAUGGUUGCUUUAUUUAAGGUCGAACGCUGCAGCUCCAUGGAAUCCGAUUCUGUUACCAGUUAGGGUUCCAGGGUUUGGGGAAGGGGCAUCAGUGGAUUCCGAGCAUAGAGGGGGCCUGGGAGGCAGGGUACGUCAGGUGUGCGCGGCAGUGGUGGCUGGCCAGGCGUUUUGGGUGGGGGGUGGGGAAGUUAGGGUUUGGAGGGGGCUGUGGUGGUGUCCCUGUCAGUGGGUGUGCUGCCAGGGACGACUGGGUGAGGGCAGGGGCGAGCACUGCUUCAUAUCUGGAAUCUGGAUGAAGGUAUGUGAUGAAUGAUUGGGAGGUAGAAGCGCUGGAGCCAUCCGAUCUCACAUCACCGGUCACUGAAAAACCAGAAAAAAAAAAAGGCACCCUGGAGUUUAUCGCUUUGCUUAAUUAGUCGAUCCCAUUCUGUUCCGAUGAAAAAAAAUUCAACACUUCCAAGUUUUGGGAUGCCAAAACACAAGAGAAAGCAUGUGUGGGUACUGGGAUACCUUAGUGUUCUUGCCAAAUAUAGUGUGAUUGUGGCACUCGUGGGAGUUGGUACCAUUGAUUUCUACUUUAACUAAGGGGUGUUCUAUUCAUA